CACUCAAGUGAGGAAUGUAUUGAGCGACAAUCCUGUUAUAAUAUGCACGGUAAAAAUUUAAAAUACGCGUUUGCAUUGUGAAUCGUUCAAAUUUUAAAUAUAUUUAUCUAAAAACAAUAUGAAGAGGGUUGCAAUAAUUGGUGCAGGUUGUAGUGGUUUAGCUGCUAUUAAAUGCUGUUUAGAUGAAGGUUUACAACCCGUAUGUUUUGAACGUGAAGAUGAUAUUGGAGGACUUUGGAAUUAUACAGACGCUGCAAAGUAUGGUAAAGGAAGUGUUUAUAAAUCGUGUGUAAUUAAUACCAGUAAGGAAAUGAUGGCUUUUAGCGACUUUCCUCCUCCGAAACAUUUUCCAACUUUUUUACCACAUAAAUAUGUUUUACAGUAUUUUAGACUUUAUGCAAACAAUUUUGGACUCCUUAAUUACAUAAAUUUCAGGACAUCUGUCGAGAGUAUUACACAAUGUUCUGAUUUUGAUCAGACAGGAAGAUGGAAAGUCACAUACAAUUCGGAAGAGUCCGGACAAACUGUUUCAGAAAUAUUUGACGGUGUAUUAGUAUGCACCGGGCAUCAUACAUAUCCAUACAUGCCUACGUUUGAUGGAAUAGAAAAUUUCCGUGGUACAACCAUCCAUUCCCAUAGUUAUCGAAGUCCUCAAGAAUUUGCAGACAAAAAAGUUCUAGUUGUUGGUAUUGGGAAUUCUGCUGUUGACAUUGCAGUUGAUCUCAGUAAUACAGCAUCUGAGGUAUAUCUAAGCACAAGAAGAGGUGCCUGGGUUGUUGGUCGCAAAGGAUUCUGGGGUUAUCCAGCCGAUGCCGUCGCCAACUGUCGUCUAUUGUUUCAGCUUCCUAGGAAUGUGCUUCAGUAUUCUGUAGAAAAAAUGGCAAACUUCAACUUCGAUCACGAAUCGUAUGGAGUGAAGCCAAAACACAGAUCACUGGAAGCUCAUCCUACAAUAAACGACGACCUGCCGAUAAAAAUAAUGACUGGCAAAAUAAGAAUUAAGCCCGAUGUCCAUAACUUUGAUGAUUGUGGCGUAGUAUUUGAAGACGGAAGCUACGAACGAAUUGACGCAGUAGUCUAUGCAACUGGAUAUUCAUAUAAAAUCAAAUUUCUAGAUGAAUCCAUAGUCAAGAUCGAGAAUAAUAAGACACAUCUUUAUAAAUACAUGUUUCCUCCACACUUGAAACACCCAACACUUGCAGUAGUUGGACUUGUACAAGCCAUAGGUGCAGUGAUGCCAAUAUCUGAAAUCCAGUGUCGAUGGUUCACUCGUGUUCUAAAAGGUAUAAAUCCACUUCCUCCUUUGUCGGACAUGAUGGACGACAUAGAAGCCAAACAUCUUUACAACAGUAUGCACAUAAAGUCACAGAGACAUACCCUGCAGACAUUUUGGAUACAAUAUAUGGAUGAAAUAGCAGAGAAAAUUGGUUGUAAGCCUAAUCUCAAACGUUUGUUCAUAGAUGAUCCAAGACUAGCACUUCAUUGUUUAUGUGGUCCCUGUUUUCCUGCCCAGUACAGAUUACAAGGCCCGGGAAAGUGGAAUGGUGCAAGGGUGUCUAUUAUAGGUGGAAUGGAACGCUCACUUGCACCGCUGAAAUCCAGGAUUCUUCCACAGAAUGCUAAAAUUGCAGAUACUAGUUGUAAUGUUACUUGCAUAGCCGUUCCAAAAUGGCUGACUUCGUACUUUAUAUUGUGUUUCAUUUUCAUUGCAUUGUUAUGUAUGUGUGUAUUGUAAAAAUUGUAAUAUUGUGUCUUUGACUUACCGAGCUAGUAAGUUUAUGUUACAUGUUAGUCUAGAAGAUUCGAAGUUAAUUUUUCUUACCCGCUGUCGUUAAGCUUCAAACCAUAAUAAUUUUCGUGAUCAGCAUAUUCUUAAAUACUUUUUAUAAAAUAAUAGUACUACUUUCUACAUGUAUUUAACAAAAUUACCUAGAAACCAGUAGGUUAUUAUACACAGUCAACAUAAAUAGACAAAACAUUUUCGUUUGACAUCUUUCGAAAAUUACAAAGAUUAAACAAAAGACAUCUACAUAACCGGAAUGAAUAAUACCUUCACAGCGAUUGUGACUUUUCAUUGAACAUCAGCACGUGCAACAAACACGGGCAGAAAGAGCUUACAAUUUAAAAGUACCUAUAUUCAUAUCAGAUAUAUUUGAAGGGUUUGUGUUACUUUAUCCUUAUUUUACUCUUGUAUGUUAGGUGUGUUGUUUGUUUUGCGUUUUUAUUUUAAUUUUGGUCAUCGCAUGACCCCUAAAAAUCGUUACGAUGAACGAGAAUGCAUUAUUGAGAGUCUGGAUGGAGUUUACAUAAAGGUCGACAAUAAAUUGUUGCUGCUCCUGUUUCUGUUGUAGAAGAACAAUAUUGUGAUUUGCGACACUUGAACUAUUGACGUCAUACAACAAUCACUUUUCCUUUGUGACGUAAGAGAUAUUUUGAUUGUGACGUCAAAAUAUUACGGGAACCUUUGUGUGGUCCAGUAAUGGCGGACAAAUAGCGAUAAGGUGUAUAGACUGUUGUAUAAGUGCGCAAAACUCUCACAAUUGUGAUAUUCUUUGAGAUGAAUACAUAUUUGUAAUUUUCUUGGUGCCAUAUAUAUUUUAUUUUAACAAUUUGAGAUAUUUAUGUUACAAAUCAUACUAAACCUUUUUUUGUGGAGAACUAAGUUUUGUUGAUUUUCUAUUUUGUAAAAACAUUUUCAUGUGCCAUCAUUUAAAAUCCAUUAUAGCGUGCCAAACAACAGACUUAUGAUAACGAACUAUAGAUAUAUAAUAUAUGCAAUAAAAGUUGGGUGUGCGUUUAGUAAUACCUUUUAUAUAUAGUAAACGAAGAUCACAGUAUAUACUUUCAUAUGUACUUUCAUCUAUACCAGUUUAUGUUUGAAUAAAUCUA